GGCAACCGUGCGUUCGAUCCGCCAUUCCAAACAAUCGGUGCGCUACGUGCCCUCCUCCUCCGUGCAGCAGGGUGCAUCUGGUCGCGGCAGGUCGCGGAGGCACCGCCGUGCUGCGACGACGACGAUAGGCGUCGCGCUGCGCUGCGGACGGACAGAGCGACGGACUACGCGCGGCGACGCGCUGGCCGUAAGGCGGUGCGCGAGAGUCGACGUGACGUCGCGACGAAGGCGAGUCGCCGGUUCGCGCUGCUAGAAGAAGGAAGAAGCGAUAGGAUGAUUACUACUGCCACUACCAUCGCUGCUGUCGGAAGGAAACGUAUGGUCGGUCCCGGCGCACUACGCUGCCCCGUUGUUCACGCGUGAUCGUAGCCAGGAGCCUGUUGUACAGUGUGGAUGAUAAUAGUGUGCCGUUCGUUGACGCGAGUGUGUCUACCGCUUUCGCUCGCCCUCUAUCUCUCUACGGUUGAGCGUGCGCCCGUCUAAUUCGCCCGUGAGUGCUCGGUGUCUGUCCGUCUGUCCGUGUUUCUCGCGUGUCUCCUCGCUACGGACACUCUCCUCUUCCUCGACCACCGAUCGAUGUGCCGUCGUACUCUUGUGGCAAUAUCGCAUCGCGUUGCGAGAGGAUUGCGGCGAACGCAGGAGAAAAGGAACAUACGUGUGCGUGCACACAUAGACGCGUGCCGACGGCAACGUCUCGCGUAUCCCGAGGCACUCUCCUCUCUGCCCUCUCCCUGCCGUUUCUCUACCUACCCGCCCUACCUCCCAUGCCCUUCGUCUCUCUCCCUUUCUUUCCUUCUUCUUCCCUUCCCUCUGUCCCAGGACGAUCGGUGGGUACGACCAUAGAAUGCACGACGACACCGGCGCGGUCGUCGUAGCCAUCGUACUCCCUACGCCGAGGCGAUCGACAGAGUGAGAAGGAUACAAAGAGCGUGGUGUGGGCUUCUCGUUCAGUGCGAGGUAGCCGUGUGAGAAUAUGGAGAUCGAAGCGAAGCAACGUAGCAGCCAGAAGAACCGACGACGGGAGCGGGCGCAGCGUAUGCUGGCGCAAAGGGAGAGUCUGGCGACCGCGAAGCAGCAGCAACAGUCGCAGCAGUCGCGGCAGCGUCCGAACGACGAGGAGGACAGCGGCGAGGACGAGGACCCCGCCGGCGGCGGCCUCGGUCUCGCCAAGACCGGUCAUCCGCGAGACGGCCACCACUCGAGACCGCCCAGGCCACCGCGACCCCCGAGGCCCCGCAAGAAGUCUUCCCUCGCGGCCGCCAACCAGAAGGAGCCUCUCUUCGAGGAGGAAAUUAUCGACGGGUUCGCCAUGCUCGCCUUCCGCACCUACGAGGAACUCGAGAGUGCAAUAAAGUUAGCCGGUAAAAAUAAGAAACUGCACACAUUGCUGUCAAUAGUGGAGGAGAAACCGAAGGUGGACACGGGGCAGAACAAUAGGCACAACGAGCACCACAUCAAAAAUAAUUUCAAGCACAACCAUUACACGCAUAAUUCCAUACUGACACCUUCGACGCUAAACCAGGGCCUAGAUGCAGGUACAAGCGACGAUAGUGGCAGAGCGUCUGAACAAUUGCAUGGCCCUGGUAUACCUAGGGAUAGCCAGGACGCAGACAGUUCCAGGGACCAUCUCAGCGAUGCUAGCAGUCAUUGCAGUUCGGGUAAAGGUUAUAUCUGUGAUAGUGAAGGAGAAGACGAUAAGGGCUCGGAUGCCGAAUCGAUACUCUUUGAAUCUUCUACCCCACCACCUCUACGUAAAUACGAGUUGCCGUCUUCUUCGCCACACGUUUUGCCACCAAACGGGGCAGGCGGAUCUCCACCGGACACGGGUGGGCAAAUUUCUAACCCAGCAACGGAUGCUCCGGCACCUAUACCACCUCCUGUAUCUGCGUCCGCACCAGUUCCAACAGCGCCGAGUCCUCCUAGCCCCACGUUGCCUCCACACAUAUCCCAACCACCUAUGACUAGUCCCUUGGCAGCGAACCCACGUGCAAUAGCUCCGCAGCAGCGGCCAGCUUCCCCCGCUCUGCCACCGCCCUCCUUGUCCCAGCAGCCGCACACCACGAUACCUGCGUUGCAUCCACCUAAUGUGCCCCUCGUCUCGUCGAGUCAUACAACUAGUCCAGCGGUAGCCAGUCUAGGUGUCACUCCGGCAGCACCAUCGAACGGAGCAGCUACCACGAGUUAUCCGCCACCCAUUCCCAUCGCCGCGUAUCCGCAAACACAGCCGUCGUAUCCGCCGCUCUACACUCCCUACACCGCUCUGAAUCACAGCCCGUACCUGCCGCCCGCGGUACCAUCCCCUUCACAUUCUGCUUCGUCGCGCGCGGACGUGAGAGGAAGCAGAGCUUCUCCCUGUACCAAUAUAAGCAAACAGACCAUAGGGAGUAAUCUCGCCGGUCACAACAAUACUCCGCUGAGCGCCGCCACCACGACAUGUGUGUCCACCAUAACUAACACAGUUACCACGGCGAAUUCAAUCGCUCAUCGAGACAUGGUGGCCUGCAGCCUGUCCGGACGGAACAACAACUCGCCGCGUGGACACAGCCCCAGUCGGGAGAGAGACAGUUACAGCAGCAACGUGAGCAGCCUGAGUCGGGGCAGCAUAACGCCUGUUAGUGUGCCAAACACUUCCUCUCCAGCCAAUUCUAGUCUACCUGCGUAUACCAAGCCACAAGGUUGGAUUAGCAGCAACACAGCUUCCCAGUUAUCCCCGGCGACAGCCACGUCAGUUCCGAGGCCGACUCCGCCACCGGUGCCGCUCAACAUACACUCGUUCCCGCCGCCGAUGUUCGCUGCGCCGUUACCGCCGCCCGUGUCCAGUUCAAGUCCGCACACGACAACACUGCCUUCGCUUCCGCCACCGACGACCAAUCCCAAUCCGUUCUCCGCGGAAUCGCUUUUCCAGACAAAAGGGGUGACGCAUGUUGCAGGUCAGGCGGAUAUUCUCAGGAGAGAGCUCGACAGCAGAUUCUUGGCGUCCCAGGACAGAAAUGUCGGUAAUCUGGGCCCGCCGGCGUAUCUUCGCACCGAGAUGCACCAUCAUCAGCAUCAGCACACGCACGUGCAUCAGCAUACGACGCCGUUGUUGCCGGCGGCUGCUGCGACCUCGCUCUUUCCACCCCCGAUUUUUAAGGACAUGCCGAAGCUAGGGGGAGUUGAGUCGCAAUUUUUUCGUGCGAACUUGAACCUCUCCGGUUAUUCGGGUUUCAACACUGGUCUUCUCCAUCCCGGAAUUCCGCCAUCGACACCCUUCGUGCAACCCAAUCAUUUAGCUACUUUUCCGCCAAAGAAAACCGGAAAAUGGAAUGCGAUGCACGUGCGCAUCGCGUGGGAGAUCUAUCAUCAUCAACAGAAACAACAGGCUGAGGCUAAGGCAGGAAGUGUCGUUAGUACCAAAACAGAGUUAUUAAGACCACCGGGCCAUCUUUACCCAGGAGGACCAGGCGGUGGUCUUGGGCUUGGUGCACCACCAAUGGCACCUCCCUUCCCCACUAACAUGCCACCUGCCCAUCCUGCACCACCUCCACCUCAUCCUGUCGGUUUUCUGUCUACACCAGCUUCACAUUUAGGUAAUAGAGGAACGGGAAUAUCGCCGUUCGCGAGGUAUUCCUCGGCAACGUUCGGCGCGCCAAAUCCCAAUUUCCCAAGUCUUUCCACUUUCCCGCCGAGGGAAAUGCCACCUCUGGGUGGACUCGGCGCAGUUCACGAUCCGUGGCGAGGGCUGCAACGGGCCACCACCGGAUUCCCUCCACCGACCACUGUUUCGUGGGGCCUGAAACCGGAGCCUCCCGCGAUAGACAGGCGCGCCGAGCUGGAGGAGCGGGAGCGCGAGCGCGAGAGAGAGCGCGAGCGAGAGCGCGAGCGUGAACGGGAGCGCGAACGCAUCAGACGCGAACGCGAACGGGAGAGAGAGGAGCAACGCGAGAGGGAGAGGCGGGAGCGCGAGAAGGAGGAGAAGAGGAAACAGCAGGAGGCCGCCGAACGGGAACGAGAGAGGCGGGACAAGGAGCGCCGCGAGAUGGAGAGACGCGAGAUGGAACGCGAGAGGCUGCUCCACCAAAACCGACAGCUCGUGCCGCGAGAACGCUCGCCGCUCAGGAACGGCUCGGCCCCUCUGGACACCGGAGAGGUGCGCGUGAAGGAGGAGCCGCGCAGCAAAGACGACGAAGUUGUGAUGCUUCCGAGGCCACCGGCGGGUCCGAAUCCACUGCCCGAUCCGAGAUACCAUCAUCCGCACGCGCAUGCCUAUCUUACCAGGCAUCCGCACGGUAUGCCGGCAUCGCACUCCAUGCCGCGCAGCAUGCUGCCCAGCUUGAGCGCCCACGCGAUGCAACACUUCCCGCCGCCGUCCGCGCCCGCUGGCCAGCCGGGACCACCUUGGCCGGGCGACCCCUUCCGAGAUUACCGGUACGACCCGCUGCAGCAGUUACGGUACAACCCGCUGAUGGCGGCGUUCCGCGCGGAGGAGGAGGAAAGGGCGAAGCUCUACGCCGCCGGCUAUCCCCCCGCGCCCGUCAACUCGCUCAGGAGUAAGGACCCCAGCCCGGGUCCUCUCAGCAACCUGCAUAUGCACCACAGAGCGGGGCCUGGCCCUGGAGUGCCGGCGCGUCAGCUGGAGAACGCCCUCAUGCACGCGGACAUUCACAAGAAAGAGGACGCUUCGCAGUCCCGAUGAUACAUCCUACCCGCGUCCUCGGCGAGCGAACGCACCGACGGACCGACAUUCUGAGCACCAUCCUCCUCAUCUUAUCCACCCCGGUAACGCUCAGAACCCGGUGCUGAUAUUUUGCUAACAGAGAAGAAGCGUUAUUUCAAAGAAGAAAUUUGUAUAUAGAUAUUAUAUAAUAUUUAUAGUUAUCGAGGAUUAAAAAAAAAACAAAACGCGUAGGACUUCUACGAGAAACGUGUGUAACGAAGAUGCCUUGAUUAAACGAUGCCGGUAUUCCCAUCGAUGCCGCCGGCGGUUUAUUAACGACAACGGGUUCACGAAAUAACUACGGAGGCAUCGCUGACGAUGUGUCACAGAUAAUAACGCUGAGGAUUAUGUGAUUUUCUGCAGUUUCGGUGAUCUGACUGUCUAUAGUGGUAACGCACUCUAAUUAUUACGAUAAUAUAACUAUGCGUAUAGUUUAAAGAAACAAAAAAAGAAAGGUAUCGUGUGUAAUAUUAAUAGGUAUUGUAGAAUGCGAGGUGAGAUGGCUAAGACGCGCAACACAGGAGAAAAAAAAACAAAUCCAAGUUAGGUAAAAAAAAAAAGUUAAGUGGAUCUCUAACAUAUUCGAAAAUUUAUUUAAUUAUUUAUUUAUUGCGACGUGAAUGAACUUGAAUCUCUACUGCGGGCGUAUGAGAGCUGUCGUAAAAAAAGUCGCUCUAAUUUAAUUGAUGUAAUAUAAAAAGAAUCGCAUGUAAAAAAAACAUUCACUUAGAUUUUAAUUUGUAUAUUAGAUACUAUAGAAAAAAAGAGGAGGGAGGGAGGGAGGGGGAGAGAGAGGACAUACGUGAAAAGUGGCUUUCGGCAGCACAUGCUUCUUUCAUUUGCAUGCUGACUUUUACAGCAGCACUCCGGUGCUUUCCUGUGAUAUAUAUAAAAAGAAAAGAAAAAAAGAAGAAAUUGAUUCAGGAGUAGGCGGACUAAUUAAUUUCGUAUCCCGCGUAAAAUCACGACAGAGUUCAUAGGUGCAAGUAAAGAAAUCAAACUAUCCCCGAAAAGAAAAGAAAAAAUGUGACGAUUAGAAUAUCCUCUUUCGGAACAGAAAAUACAGGAUGACGCUUAAUAUGACAGCAGUUUGUCCGUGCCAAAGUGCUUCAAUCAAAUUACUCCGUACAAUAUGCACAUGACAGCUUUAACAUUGGCCUGGAGCCACUUGAAUUUUCCAAUUAUGCACGCUCAUUGUGUUUAUUAUAUAUUCGCGCGGCAUUCAUAUUUACGAUGACUGUCGAUUGUUCGAGGGAACAGGAACGAUAUUCAGAUGGAACGACAUUGUAAUGUAGAAUAACAUAUAGACUAUAUGAGAUAUCGUUGC